AUGAGUAAAAAAGAAAAAACCCAUCAUCAAAAGCAGAAAUCAAAAGAUAAAAAAGGAGGUUUCAUGAGUUUCUUUAAGAAGAAGAAAGAUGAAGAAGAACUUAUCAUUUCUGAUCCAAAAGACUUCGAACAAAUCACUCAUGUUGAACUUGGUGAUUCUGGUCUCACAGGAUUUCCUCCAGAAUGGAGAGAAAAACUUAUUAAAGCUGGUUUGACUGAGGCUGAAAUUAAUACAAAUGAAGAUAGUGCAAAGUUAGUUGCUGCUUCUGGAAUUUCAAAUGAUAAUGGAAAUAGAACAACGUUUACUAAUGGGAAAGAAGAAGAAGACGAUAUUACUCAAUACACAACUGCAGCUGAUCCUGAUGAAAAUUAUGAAAAUUUAGCUAAAACAAUUUAUGGAGAUGAAGAUGAAUAUAUGGCUACAAGAAAGUCUGAUGGAAUGGAAGUUUCAUUAAGAAGAAUGAGAAUUACUAAGAAAACUAAACGUGCUGUAGUAAGAGAAGUUGUUGUAUUAUCAAAAUGUGUUAAUGACAAUAUUGUUAAAUAUGUCGAAUGUUAUUUAAUUAAUGACAUGCUUUGGUUAGUUACUGAAUUAAUGGAUGCAGGAGAAUUAACAAAUGCAAUUGAUCUUCAUCCAACUUUACCAAUGAAAGAAUGUCAUAUUGCAUAUGUAUGUAAAAGAGUACUACAAGGGUUAGUUUAUCUUCAUAAAAUGGGUAUUAUUCAUAGAGAUAUUAAGUCAGAUAAUAUUCUUCUCCAUCAUAAAGGUACAGUUAAAUUAUCUAAUUUUGGAUUUGCGGCUAUUCUUACUUCAGCUCAUCCUAAUCGUAAUUCAAUUGUAGGAACUCCUUUUUGGAUGGCUCCUGAAUUGAUUAAAUCACAAAAUUAUGAUACAAAGGUUGAUAUUUGGUCAUUAGGAAUUACUUGUAGAGAAAUGGCUGAUGGUACUCCACCUUAUAUGGACUUUCCACCAAUGAAAGCCUUAUUCCAAAUUACAACAAAAGGAAUACCUCCUUUAGAAGGUACUUGGGAUGAUAAAUUUAAAAAUUUCUUAAAUAAAUGUCUUAAUCCUGAUGCAUCAAAAAGGUCAAGUGCAGAAGAACUGUUACAAGACCCAUUUAUUUCUAUGGAAUGUACUGAAGAAGAAUUUAUUGAUUUCUUAACUCAAGUUAGAAAGAUAAGCGAUGAAGAAAUGGCACAAGAAGACGAUGAAAUACCAGCAGAAGAAUAA